AUUUGCCAGUGUCCCAAAGAAAUAAACAAUCUGUGAAUAGUUCAGCACGAUUAUAUGUUUACAAAGCAUAGAGGAUUUAUUCUAAUAUUUUCCCACCUGGAAAAACUGGGCUUAAGCGUCUUCGGCAAUCAGAAAGCAACACCGAGUUCUUCCCAAUAUCAUGUCACUUUUAUAGCAAUCAUACUUGCAGGAAUGGGACUGGGCAAUGGUGGUAACUGUAAACGUUCUGAUGUAGAAAUUGCAGAUGGAGAGCUUGGCUCUGGGGAUGGACGUGGAAAGAAGCAGAAAGGAGCCUGGAGAAAAGGCUGUCAUAUUUGCUCAGAAGAACCGCCAAAUCAGAGAGCAGAGAAGAUUUCAUUGGAGGAGCGCCUUCAACAGCAACUAAUCCCGUCAUAUUGAAAGAAAAUUGUAAAUGUUUUCUCCAGAAAUUGUCUGCCCAUCGCAGCUAAUCGAACACACAUUGACGAAUACAUACAUACUCUCUUUUUAUACCAAAGGUGCCCGGACGCAGAGACCCGCUCCAGCGAGUGCGCGUGACACACACGGACACGCAUACACACACGAACGCACACACGCCAGCCUGCGGGUUGGCCAGAGCCUUGAAACUGCAGAUUCCACUCGGAGAUCGCCAGAGGCACCGAACUAAUUAGUAAUUAGUUGCCCCUACACUAAUAACUACUUCCCCAAUCACUUUGGCGAAGAAAUGAAUCCCGCCCAGCUCGUCAGUCCAGCCAGGUCUCCGUUGUGUCUUGCUCUCCAGACUCCUCUUCUUCGUGAAAGCCAGGUUUGAAAAGUCUUUUUUGCUUCUUCGCCUUUGGUGUUUUGGUGUGGCGGGCGGGGGCAAUGUCACUUUAACUCCAGUCUACACCGCCAAGGGCCUCCAGACUCGUAAAGUGCCUGGGACGCGUGUGGGGUGCGCGACUCUGCUAGCGCGCGCCCGAGCCCCGCGGCUCUUGCCCGAGCCUUUGGGUCCGCUCUCUCCCCGCCUCCCCCCGCCCCACCCCUCCGAGUGUCUCGGCACCAACUAAUCUUCUCCUUUUCGUUUGCAAGAUCAAGGGAGAGAGCAAGCCGGCUCCCGGCCUCGGACUCUGAGCCGCGCGCAGCUAGCUCCGCGGCGGGUCAGCCCCGAACCCGUGAAGGGCUCCCAGCUCCUGCCAGCCAGCCCACGCCAGGGAUACUGCAGCCCGGGGAGGCAACGGGAGCUAAUCCGGCGGCAGGUUUAAAUGUUUUUUGACUACUUGGCUACUGAUUAGAGAACACAAAAUGAAUAACUCAACAAACUCCUCUAACAAUGUGGCUCUGACCAGUCCUUAUAAGACAUUUGAAGUGGUUUUUAUUGUCCUUGUGGCUGGGUCCCUCAGUUUGGUGACCAUUAUUGGGAACAUCCUGGUCAUGGUCUCCAUUAAAGUCAAUCGCCACCUCCAGACCGUCAACAAUUACUUUUUGUUCAGCUUGGCCUGUGCUGACCUCAUCAUUGGUGUUUUCUCCAUGAACUUGUAUACCCUUUACACUGUGAUUGGCUACUGGCCUUUGGGACCUGUGGUGUGUGACCUUUGGCUUGCCCUGGACUACGUGGUCAGCAAUGCCUCAGUAAUGAAUCUACUCAUCAUCAGCUUCGACAGAUACUUCUGCGUCACGAAACCACUCACUUAUCCCGUCAAGCGGACCACAAAAAUGGCAGGUAUGAUGAUCGCAGCUGCCUGGGUCCUCUCCUUUAUCCUCUGGGCUCCAGCCAUUCUCUUCUGGCAGUUCAUCGUAGGGGUGAGAACCGUGGAGGAUGGGGAAUGCUACAUCCAGUUUUUUUCCAAUGCGGCUGUCACCUUUGGCACGGCCAUUGCAGCCUUCUAUUUGCCUGUGAUCAUCAUGACUGUGUUAUACUGGCACAUUUCCCGGGCCAGUAAGAGCAGGAUCAAGAAGGACAAGAAGGAGCCUGUGGCCAACCAAGAUCCAGUUUCUCCAAGUCUGGUUCAAGGAAGGAUAGUGAAGCCAAACAACAACAACAUGCCUGGGAGUGAUGAUGGCUUGGAGCACAACAAAAUCCAGAAUGGCAAAACUCCUAGAGAUGCUGUAACUGAAAACUGUGUCCAGGGGGAGGAGAAAGAGAGCUCCAACGAUUCCACCUCAGUCAGUGCUGUUCCCUCUAAUAUGAGAGAUGAUGAAAUAACCCAGGACGAAAACACAGUUUCCACUUCUGUGGGCCAUUCCAAAGAUGAGAACUCAAAGCAAACAUGCAUCAAAAUUGUCACCAAGACCCCAAAAGGUGACCAGUGUACCCCAGCUAAUACCACUGUGGAGCUAGUUGGUUCUUCAGGUCAGAAUGGAGAUGAAAAACAGAACAUCGUUGCUCGCAAGAUUGUGAAAAUGACUAAGCAGCCUGCCAAAAAGAAGCCUCCUCCUUCCCGGGAAAAGAAGGUGACCAGGACGAUCUUGGCUAUUCUGUUGGCUUUCAUCAUCACUUGGGCCCCAUACAAUGUCAUGGUGCUCAUUAACACCUUUUGUGCACCCUGCAUCCCCAACACAGUGUGGACAAUCGGUUAUUGGCUCUGUUACAUCAAUAGCACUAUCAACCCUGCCUGCUAUGCACUUUGUAAUGCCACCUUCAAGAAGACCUUUAAACACCUUCUCAUGUGUCAUUAUAAGAACAUAGGCGCUACGAGGUAAAGCAUCUUUGUAGAGAAGAAAGGUAGUCAAGGGGAGCCUCGUGAAAGGAAACAGAAUAAAAGAGCUCCUAGUUUUCAAAUCUCUGCCAUUGCACUUUAUAGUCUUAUCGUGGAAUGUGCAACUGAGGAGCCCAACAGUGACACUCUUUGGUGCCUAUGCUCCAGUUUGAGAAACUUGUACCUUAUAAACCCUGUCAGUUGAGGAACAAUGAGACCAUAAAGGAGACAUGUUGAAAUUGUGGAUUUAAGAAGUGACCUAUGCUUUCUUGUACUCUUUUGAAGAAGGGCUUCUGAAUCUAUAAUUUUAUCUCUGCACAAAAAGAAUAAUAACCUGGCUGUGUUUUUUCAUUUUUGUGUUCCCAAGUGAAAGGCCACAGUUACAAACUAACCUGGAGACUUAAGCCAUUAUACGAUGGGGAAGUGAAGAAACAAGAUCAAAACAGGAUAUAGAAAUGGCCUCCAGAGUGUUAAACAUAUAUUAUUCUUUUGUUAUGAUUUUAUGUGGAGAAUUGCAACAUAAUAAAUGCUUAUCUUUUUUAUCUUUCCCCUUUCCCAUCAUAAAAAGAGAGCAAACAAAACUUAGCUAGAUUACAUCAUUAUUUUUGUCAUAUGGCAUUGGAUUUUUUACUUCCAUGUUUUACACUGUGUAAGUGCAAAAUCUGCAGGACUUUCACUAAAUACAGAGACAGUCAGGAGAAAGCGAAUUUCACCCCUGCCCACUGUGUCUUUUGCAUUCUUUGGGGGUAUAAAACUGUGAGGAUUUAGUUCGCUUAUGAUUCUUUAUGUAAAAUAUUUUCAUCAAUCUGGUUUUAUACUAAACAAGCCCCUUAUUUUAAUAGAAUAGCCUACCUAAUAUAUAAACAUGCUUGAGAAACCAAAGUCAAUUUUUUAAAAUGAGGUUUCAUCAAAUUCAACAAUGUUCAUUUUUUUUUUUAAGAGAAAGUUUACUGAGGCCAGGUGAAUUUUGAGAUAAGAAAAUAGAAGGUUGAAAGGGCAUCCUGUUUCCACCUGAUCUGCCUGACCUAUGUAUGAUGUACUAACUUGUAAAACAUGAACUCUUGGCCUUUGCAAGCAGGAAUAAGAUGCUGCGUUAUUCAUCUGGAAUCUUAAAUAGGAUUAAGUUAUUCACAUGACACCACUGACUUUGGGGUCAAUCCCAAGAAAAUAAGACUUUCUCUUCAAUGCUUGAUAAAGGAUGAUAUUAAAUUUAUAGUCAAGUGAGAUUUGUAACUGUCUUAUGACCUGUGGAAGGAAAAAAAAAUAGAGAACAUUUACUGAAACCACAUGUUUUGUAUUUCUCAAAUUGUCAAUUCCCCCUAAAGUUUUUUAACUUCAAAAUUCUGUUGAUAGAAGUCGUAAUCUUUAUGGAAGAAAAGUCAUGGAUAACUAAACAGGCCAAGCAAGCACAACAGAACCUGAGAGUAGGUGGCUGCAUCUGUGCCGCUUCUCACCAUUUUUAAAUUCUAGACCACAGAAAAAUCGUAUCAGGAACAAUUAACCUGUCUGUGUAUGAUUUUUUUAUUGUACCUAUACCACUUCUCACCAUUUUAAAAUUCUAGACCAUAGAAAAGUCAUAUCAGGAACAAUUACCCUUGUCCAUCUAAGACAGACAUUUUUAUUGGGAUCCCAAAUAAAUAUACAACUAUACUGAUUCAAGCGUAGUUAUUUUUACCCCUCAACUUUUUUUCUUACGGUAUUUCCUAUAGUCUUCCAAUCAGAUUUUCUAAGAUGGUCCAAUCAAUAGAAAUUAAAUUUAUAAAACCCAUUUCAAAUUUCAUAUUUUUCAUUUUAGGUUUAUGGGCUCUACAAUAUCUUGAUCAGUAGUAUCCAUGUGAGUUGCAUGAUGAAUUUGUCAGUAUUAGACUUUAGCACCUUAAUUAGAACUUUUUUGUGUGACUUGCCUCACUGAUGGCAUCUCAACAAUUUUGAGAGCUGAAAAAAAAAAGCACAAAGCAAAUAACAACACAAAAGAACAAUUAGUAAGAAGCAAAGUGCCAAUAAUUUUUGUACAUAAGUUAUCCUUUAUAAAAAUAACUUUCUGUUUCAAUAACUUCAGUCAUCCCUCCCAACGUCAGUUCAUACUGGUAUCUUUUUUCUACCUUAAUAUAAACUUUUACAUUUUAAAUCCAUAUUUAUUUUUGUUUUUUCAAGUAAAUGCAUCAAUUAAGGGGAAAGUACAUCAAACAAAUGUGCUGUUUGGUUUCUUGUAUACAAAACAAUUGACUGGCUGAAUAUUUCACGUAUUAACUUGUGCUGUUAUGAUGGAGAUUCAGCUUUAGUUGGGUUGAACUCUUUGGAUUCAAGGAUUGAGGAUUCUGGAUUUGGGUCUUUUUUUGUCUGCUCUAACAAUCCAACUCAUCAUGAAUCAAACUGCCUCUAACUGUCCAUUGCCAUUGCAUCUUUUCUUUCUUCUGUUCUUGAUCUUCACCAUAUCUACCACAACCUUAUUGAAAAAGAAAUCACCAAAAAUUAAAGAAAGGAAUUGAAUAUAGACUGAUACAUCAUGGAUGCUUUGUCAACUGGAAUCAGAAAAAGUGACAAGAAUACUGAAAAUAGUAGAUGAUUAGAAAGAUGUGGAGACUGUAUCCAGAGGCUUGCAUUAACUAUUUACUGAGUUUGUUUAUUUCAGUGGCUCCCAGCCAGGGACCAUUUUGCCUCCCAGGGGACAUUUAACAAUGUGUGGAAACGUUUUUGGUUGUCACAACUCAAGGGAGGGCUCUUGGCAUCUAGUGACUAGGCUCUGGGGAUGUUACUGAACAGCUUACAAUGCACAGGAUAGACCCCACAACUAAGGAUUUUUUUGGUACAAAAUGUCAGUAGAGUCAAAGUUGAGAAAUCCUGUUUUAAGGGAUUCUAGAGCUUGCUUUAUGUAAGUGGGAAAAGUAAUCCUGUAUCUCUAUUAGGACAUCAAUGCAAAUUGUUCAUCUGUUUGAAAAAAGUAAUUUCACCAGCCACAUACCAGACACACUGUCAUCCGUUGAGUCUGGUGUAUUUGUAAUUUACAGAUAGGGAACACAGGACAAAUCACCAUACCAUGCACACAACACAUUGUUUCCAACAUUUUAAUGUCCAAUUAGGAUUGCACGGAGUCCAGUUAAUUGAAGUAACUGGCUAUUAAAAUGGUUGCAAUUAAUAUGGUCACUUUCUAUUGGAGCUGCUGUUUUUCCUCUCAAAAACAUUAAGAGCCUCUUUCAAAAACAACGUGAUUCAUCUCCUUUAUCUUCACUGGAAAGGUAAAUAUCUUUCAAGAAUUUCUUCUUUCCUCAUAGCAAUAAUGUAAAUAUCCCAGAGUGGUCUUAAAAGAAGAGUUUAAGAAUGUGAAAAAGCCAGUUCAUUUCUUGAAAAAAGAAAUGAUUGCCUUUUUACCAGUUCAUCAUGAAUUUAAUGCCACCUCCCCAAGUGGUAGGAAAAAGUCAUCAAUAUAGUAAGUCAUGUAGGAUAUGCUUUUUGGUGAAUGUUAAAGCUGGAGUUUCCACAUACUCCUGGCUCUUUGUCCAUUCACGGCUUUUUGACCCUAAAGAUAUGACACUGGGGGAGAUGGGAGUUCAAAAUGAUGGCAACAUACACUUAGAAAUGCAAUCUACUUUUAUUUUCUCCUACUAGUUCGCUGGUAGCUGCCUUUCCCCCAGUUUGAUAGUAUCCCUUUCAACAACCACAGCACUGGUGUUGCAAAUAGAUUAGGGAAGCACCCAAAGCUGGAUGAAUUGUGCAAAGUGUAUUUUCAGCAUGUAUAUACAAUACCUUGCCUCUCAAAUAUGCUUCUCUUAAAAGGGUGCACGCUACAGCAUGAACUGUGUGCAUAUUUAAUGUAUCUUCCUGGAAUAUGCUGUACACUUAAUAUACAUAUUCUAUAAAUAAAGUAAUAAAAUGUAUAAUAGAAAUCCAUAUUUCUGUAUGCAAAUAAAUAUAUUAUACACAAAA